AUGGCGCAGGAUUCUCAAAAUCCAUCCAAAACCAAAUGGGGAGUGGGGUCGUUCUUUCAGCAGGCAGUCGCAGGUGUCGAAUCUCGGUUGGACCAUAUUUUGUUGGAUGAAGAGGAGAGACAGAAAAACGCGGCUGCGAAUGCGAAAUCCCAGGAGAAUGAGACCAAAAACACUCCAUUAACAAGGUCUCCGGCUGGCUCGAUAUCUCGUAGCUCCUCAAAUGCACGAAGGAAUGAUCGACUCCAAGAGCGAUUGGCGCGUGCCAUGGUCAAAUCGAAUACGGCAAAUCGGAACACACAGUCUUCACCAAGUCGCUCUUCGCCAGCUGCUAGCCCCCGGCCGAGCAAUGAUAUGCGACGGAGCAUGGACAUCGAUUCCACUCUAGCAUCAUCCGCGGAGAUCACUGAUGGUCUUAAGAGUCCGUCGCAUACCGAAGAAGAGACCAAUCCGGAAGCAAAUAUGCCGAGAUUCAGUCAUGACUCCGGAACAUCAAUACGAAAUUCUACAGAAAUAAAUGCUGGAGAAUCGCUGCCGAUGGGCGACGUGGUAGAGCGACCAGCAAACUUGGAAAAAACCACUGAGAACCCGACAGAAUCUCAAGUGACCGGGGAAUCUGUCAUUAGUCCCUCGGUAGACAGCACACGAAUAAGCGUGGACCUGCCGGCAGAUGAUGAACCCAGUGAUGAGCAAACUGCCGAAUCGGAAAGACAAGAGGAGAUACACGGAUAUAUUGAACGUAUCGACGCACUGCAGUCAAAACUCAAAUAUCUUGCCAAGGAAGCUGCCGAAUCGGCCAAGUAUGCUGCUGCCAGUGCUUCACCAGGUAGUAUCAAGAAACAGCUGCUAGAAAAAGACGAAAAGAUUGCAUUGCUCCUCGAGGAGGGACAGAAGCUUUCAAAGUCUGAGAUGGAUCAUCGUACCGUCAUCAAGAAGCUCCGCCAGCAGCUUGUUGACAGCACCAAGGAACAGACAGAUAUGAAGAAAAGAAACGAUAAGUUAGAACGGGAUUUCGCCAACUCGGAAGCCAGAGCGAAACGAGCCGAGGCUGCAGAGAAGAGAGCAAUCGAAUCCUUGUCAUCACAGACAAAAUCCACCAAAGACUUUGACGCCGUGUUAAAUGAGCGAAACGCCCUUAGUCAGACUGUCACUGAGAUGAAGGCACAGUUGAGUCGAGCUCUUGCGCGUGCUGAAGCCUCCGAGGCUAAAGCUAAUUCUGAGGCAUUGGAUCAUGAGAAGCGUAAAGCCAAUGAAUUAGAGGAGGAACUAACGAACGCAAAGAUCGAACGCGAUAUCAGCGAGGAGAAGAGGAAGAAGGAGAUCUCUGAACUGAAGGAGAAACUGGAUCAAGAGAAAGAACGUGCACGGAUGCUUGAGGCGGAGCUGAAGGGCGAGCAAUCAGUCCUGGAAAGCAAGAUGGAAAGUCUUCGGACUCGGGCAGAAGAGGCAUCCUCUGGGGCAACCGGAGAGACUCAGGCCAAGCUUCUGCGACAAAUUGAGACUUUGCAGACUCAAUAUUCAGUUGCCAGUGAGAAUUGGCAUUCUCUAGAGGGUUCUUUGCUUUCUCGGUUGGCCAAUGUUGAGAAAGAACGAGAUGACCUAGGCCGAAAAGAAGGUGAUUUGCGGAAGAAGAUACGGGAGUUGAACCUCAAAACCAAGAAGCUGGAAGAAGAGGUCGAAGCUGCCAAAGAGUCUGAGCAAGAGGUGGAGAACAAACUUGAAGAAUGUAUGCAAGAUCUGCAGAAAUUGCAACAGAAGCUGGAUAAGGCGGUUGAAGACCUUGCUACCACCCAAACAGACAUUGUGGAGCAAAAGAAGGCGUGUGAUGCGUCAUGGGCACAGAAAUUGGAAGAGGAACGGAUCAAAUGGCGGGAGCAGGUCAACAACUUGCAACACCCUCGAGGUGUAUCACCUGUCCAGUCAUUACGUCGGUCGAGCAAUCUCGACACCGUUCCAUCUGGUCUAUAUGACUAUCGUCCUUCUAGCCGUCGUUCAUCCACCAUGCCCACAGCCUCGCCUGAUAUUGGCACACCACCGCGCCAGAACUCUUACCCAGCCUCAAUCAAUCAAGGGACGCUCUCUCCUCCCCCAAUCAACACCAGCACCAUCAUGGAGACGCCUUCAAUCACAUUCGAACCGGAUGAAUUUUUCAGCCCUGCCACCCCGAUCACUCCAUCCAUGUAUGGUGGUACACAGGCAGCACCAUCUCGCGGGAUCAACGAUAUCAUUUCCGAGUCAACUGUAGGCGCAGGCCCAUCAGUGCAGCUAGUCGAGCGCAUGAGUGCUACUGUUCGCCGCUUGGAAAGCGAACGUGCCGGGUCCAAGGACGAGCUUGCCCGUGUGACCGCCCAGCGCGAUGAAUCCAGACAGCAAGUUGUGGACCUCAUGCGUGAGUUAGAGGAAAAGAAGACCUCGGACUCUCGCGUGCAGGAACUCGAGGCAAGGCUUACGGAGAUCGACCAGCGAUACCAGACUACCCUCGAGAUGCUGGGCGAGAAGAGUGAACAAGUCGAAGAACUUGAAGCUGAUAUUGCCGACUUGAAGAGGAUCUAUCGCGAGUUGGUGGAUAGCACUAUGAAAUGA